GUGACCGCUGCGGCCUCCCCUCCAAGAUGGAUAGUGAUCAAGAACAGAGACAUUCCAGGAUGAAAGCAGUGAAAGAAACACGUCUGAAGGGGAAGAAGCUAAGGCGUAGUCGCCAAAAGUACAGAAAAGAAAAAUUCUCGGCAACAAAUUUCCAGGCUUUAGAUGAAGAAUUUUCUGAUCUUGAUCUUCAAAGUGCCGAACGUGACAGUGAUGUAGACAGUGAGGUGGUUGAAACUGUAACAGCAGUACACCAGACUUCCGAUUGCGGCAGCGCUCGCAAAUAUGCUUUUCGACCAAUGAAUGGAAGGAGCUUCAGGUUUCGUGUCAAGGCACCUCAUAAUGCUAAUGUUUGCCUGUCUGGGGCUGCUGCAGAAGUGCCCCAGCAUAUGUAUGAGAUCUUCCUAGCAGGAUGGAAUGGGAAAGAGUCAGCUAUAAGAAGGAACAAGAAAGAUGAUGUAUGCAAGGUUCAGACCCCCAAUUUGCUCAGCUCAAGUGAAUUUCGGGGAUUCUGGGUUGUUGUCACAAAUAAUAGUAUUAAGGUAAGAAUAUUUACAUUUUUUUUUCUUGGCUUUGUGCGAAUCACUCACUAUGGAUACUGCACAGCAUUUGGUGCAACAGGAUCCUGGACAUUUGCUGAUGAUGAUCCAACACACUUCGGACCAGAGUUGGACUUAAGUGACCUUGUUGGAGCUCUCAAAGAGACAACAAAACCAUCAGUUCAACCAAAACCAUCAUAUCCAUCAUAUCAACAGCCAGCACCUUUUAUUGGCUUUGAUCACCGUUUUGGAAAUGCUUCUAGUAAUGUAUUCAACAAUGACGAAAUGACUUCAGAGUCUCCUACAACAUGGUGGAAAUCAGGGAUAAUGGCCCAGGAGCUGACAGAGGGCAAUGGAGCAACCUGGGCGCCUCGAGUAGGUAGAUUCGAGACUGAGCGCACUCUCGCUCCUUCACGGCAAAGAUCAGGGAGAGUGACCUCGGAGCUGAUGGAGGGCAACAGACCAGCCAGGGCAUCACGAGCAUAUAAAUACAAGAUCUUGCACUCUCGUGCUCCCACCUUGGCCCUGAAGUGGGUGUCUUGCCGUGGAGGAUCCAGGUGCCCUGCACCAGUUAAUGUGACCAAUGGAGUAGACUCCCCACUGGUUGCUCUGGCUCGCCAUAAUGGAGGUCUCUUUCCUGGUGUACUGAUGCCUAAUAUCAAUGAGUGCUACAUUACCUGGGGUGGCAAGUCCAUUUCCAAGACUGAUUACUUUCUGUUGAGCAACCCUGGAAAUGCUGAUAUUAUAUGGCAGUCAGCUCAAAAUGGUUCUGUUCCAAAUGGAGCCCUUGAGGGUGGCUACUCAGAAACGGGCGAGAAGCUGUACAUUGGCCGCUUUAAUGUUGGUGGGAUGGUCAUCUCGGGAAAGGUUCACCCUAGCCAUAGGGUCUGUUAUGUUCCUUACUGGGGCUCAGAGAACAACAAUCGUCGUUAUGAGGUCCUCUGUUUGAGGACUGUUCCCUUUACCAUUCUCGGAAUUCAGUAAAGUUAAAAAUCUUCAUUUAAAGUUAUCAUUAACUGCAAAAUAAACAUGUUUUCUUUGAUAAAACAAAAGAAUUUGUAAUAUUGUAAUAUGAUUUUGUAUUUUUUGAUAAAACAAAAGCAUUUGUAAUAAAUAUUUGAUACAGUAUAGUCCUUUAUAUACAUUAUACAGUACUUUAAGUCUUUAAAUGACAACAGUUAUUAACUGCUUAGAUAACUGAUAUGCAAUACAUAGUCUGCUUUGAAAUAAAACCUUAAAAUGUCUUUAGUUUUAAUACAAAAUUAUGCACUUUUUCAAAAUUUAUAUUUCUUUACUUUAUGAAAAGUAAUGGCAUUUAUCAUAUAUUCUUUGAUGAAUCCUACUUAUUGCAAUUGUGAUUAGAAGUACUCAAAAUUGUACAUUAUUUCCUUCCUAAUAUUUGUGGGUUAUAUUAUUAAAAAUUUUGAAUAUACAGUA